AUGUUUGGAACAUAUGGAUUAAUGAAAUUGAAAGGGCUGACAAUUUUAUUGAUUUUUGUUUUCUCCGAAACAGUCGCUUCUGUUAUAGGUGAAGUGGAAAAUGUGAAAGCAUGUUUUACCCAUAUGAAUAGUAUUGGAGGAUAUCCUAAAGAAGGUUCUUAUGAAGUGAUCAAAUUGAUCCUGGACCAGAACUGCACGCACAUUGUCGGAAAUCUAAUACUCACCGGUUUAUAUAGAAAAGCUGAUGGAUCAGAUCCAGAUCUGAGUUUCUUAAAAUCAAUUCAAGAAAUAUCAGGCUACCUGAUAAUUAUGCAUUCGAAUGUUAACCGUAUUCCUUUAUCGAAUCUACGUGUUAUAAGAGCUAAUAAUGGCGGGUAUAAAAUACAUGACGAUUUAGAUCCAGCAGCGCUGAUCAUACGAAAAAAUUACAAAGAUGGGGAAACUUUGAAGCACGUGGACUUGCGCAAUCUAAAGUCUAUUGUUCAUGGUAGUGUGUAUAUUUACGAUAAUCCUGGCCUCCAUUAUUUACACGAUAGCAUCUACUGGACUGAAUUAUUCGAAAGUGUGGGGGAACAGAAUUUUUUUAAUCAAAAUUUGAUUAAAACAGACAGUAAUAAUGAUAAAAAUGUAUCAAUAGACCUUCAUUUAUAUGAAUACAAUCCACAUGACCAUGAACCUGAACCAGUACCAACGACUGUAAAGUCAACCUGUUCUAGAUUUUGUCCGAAAAUAAACAACCAAACAUACUGUUGGGGUUCAUCUUUAACUGAGUGUCAACAUCAAUCCAAAUGUCAAAAUCUGUUGUGCAAUCGAUGUUUAAAAAUAGGAAAUUCAUCUACAUGUUGUCAUGAGCAAUGUCUAGGCGGGUGUACUGGUCCAUUAGCUUCACAAUGUGUGAGUUGUAAAGAAUACUAUAAUUCUGGAAUAUGUGUUGCACACUGUCCUUCCAGGACAGUAAUUCGUGAAGGAAAAUUAAUCCCUAAUCCAGAAGUCAAAUAUCGUCUUGGGAAUUUAUGCCUGUCAGCGUGUCCAGAGGGGUUUAUGAUUGAAGGUGAUGUAUGCGUAACUCACUGUUCUGCAGGAAGUAUGAGUACAGAUGGACGUGUAUGUAUUCCAUGUCAAGACAAAUGUCCAAAAUCCUGUAAAAUUGCUGAUAUAACAACGAAAAAUGGACGUAAAAUGACUAAUUUAGAUUUAAAAAGUUUGAAUCAGUUGGUUAACUGCACGAUUCUGGAGGGUAAUUUGAUCCUAACAAAGGAGUCAUUUUAUUCAAGUCCUGAUCUACCUGAACAUGUUCCGAUUACCGAUCACCGUCAACUAUGGGCACUGCAUUCAUUACGUGAAAUAACCGGUUAUGUUUAUUUGGAUUUAGAAUCAUUAGGUGACAGUCUGAGAAACUUCAGUUUUCUUGAAAAUCUCGCAAAAGUUGGUGGUUAUCUGCCGUCUGCACGGGUCAGUAUGAUGAUCAUGAAUAGUAGAGCAUACUUUCCAGGACUACGAAGUUUAAGACAAGUUCCACAUGGUAGUAUUAUAUUUCAUAAGAAUCCAUAUUUGUGCUACUUACAAACUCUUCCUUGGGUGAAUUCAGCGCAUAAAAACAUCUCUGGUACACUGAAUCAAACAAGCUCUAUGCAAAUUACCAUCAUCGAUGGUCCCAGUGGAAAUUAUUGCGAAUCUUUUGGCCAUAUAUGCCAUCCUGCAUGUAAAGAAGAAUAUGGAUGCUGGGGACCAGGGCCGAAUCAGUGUGUACGUUGUGCCUAUCGUAGAGCAGGAUUGCAUACAUGUGUUCGAUCAUGUAAUGACCUGCCAGGAUAUAUGUCAGAACAAUGGGAAAUUAAACUGAACAAGGAUGAAAAUAAGAAGUAUUCCAAAGAGAUUUCAGAUGAAACUUCAGCUUUAAGUUAUUAUUAUACACCUGAUGCUGAAAAUGUUUGUAUUCCAUGCCAUAAAGAAUGCGGAAAAUCCUGUACAGGGCCUGGAGCCCAUGAGUGCAUCGGGUCGUGCAAAACAGCUUGGUCAGAUGGUCAGUGCGUCUCAGAAUGUCAGCCCAACACUUAUUUAAAUAUGGACAGAAGAAUUUGUGAACCAUGUCAAACUCAUUGCCAUCAGCGUCAAAUCACAAAGCAGCCUGUAUGCACAGGUCCUGGUCGACAUCCAGGGAAAGGAGGAUGUAAUAAAUGCGAGAAGUUUAUAAUUCAGUCUCCCUUCAAUCAACCGAAUAAAGAAAUUACGGAUUUGUCAUCUAUGUCUGCUGCUGUUAGCCUGCUAUGUGUCAGAGGUGAUUGUCCGCCUGGAACUUAUCUGACAACUGAAAUAAUCCAACCAAACACUCUGUUUGCAAAGUACGCGGAAACCUUCACCAGUGUCGCUGCUGUAUGUCGACCGUGUCAUCCAAGGUGCCCAGUAUGUACAGCACACAGCUUACUAAGAGCCAGUGAACAGCGUCUGGGUUGUCUCCAGUGCAACGGAUAUUGGCUCAGAGACACAUGUGUAGAACAUUGUCCCACAGAUCAAACGUAUUCCCUUUGGAUUAAUUAUAAUGAAGGUAUAACUCAGGAAGUCUCACAGAAAAGCGUAAGUUUAAACGGAAUGACUCCAAAAGAUAAUGGUGUUCAUAUACGACAUCUCAAUGGACGUUGUUUAGCUUGUCAUGAACAAUGUCAUGCUGGAUGCUGGGGUCCUGAACCAGAUCAAUGCAAUCACUGUCUCAACGUCAAGGUACCAGUGAGGUUCUUGUCCAAAAAUCUAACUGAAAUUUACGGUAUGAUACAGACGGAAGAAGAAAGACCACUAGCUGAAAUGAACAGUAUGAAUUUACACAUGUAUCAUGGAAAGUUUAUUUGUCUACCACGGUGUCCAGAGGAACUUAAACAUCAUAUUGACAAUAUACCUGAAAUGGAUGGUGAAACCAUUUGUCAUUAUAGUGAUUAUUUAAGUGAUACUGAUAGUCAUUUGCUGAUUCAGGAUAAUUUAUAUCCAUUUCAAUACUUUGACAACUAUGUUCAAUCCAACACUGGUCAACAGUCUCAGCAGGAUGCCCCUGGAGUUCUCAUUGGGUUCAGGAAGUCCUCAUCGACAUUUUCAUCUGUAAAUGGUAGUAUUAUGCAUCGUAAAUUAAAAAAUGAUCCAAUCAUACUAAUCAUGAUACCAUUAUGCAUUACUUUACUAAUAUUUGCAACGCUUAUAUUUAUAUGCUACCGUUAUCACUCUAAUCAUCGGUACAUUAAAAAAUAUGAGCACAAUCCAUUAAUAUUGUUGAAAUUGUUGUUUUGUCCAAUAUCGUUUAUUUCCCAACGUUUUGGAUCCAAUAUAAUCGAAUACAAAUACAAGAAGGGCAGUUUAAUUAACAGCUCACCUUCAACAAACUGUCCUCACAGUACUGGCAGCAAUGAAAAUGGAAUGAACACAAACCAGACGCAAAACAUAUGUCAGGAGGAUAGUGUGCUAAGGAGAUCUAGCUUAACGGGAUCUCAUCGUUAUCCAAAUCAGAUUGUGAACGGUCAGAAGGCACCAAAUCUUGGUAGGUUAAUUAUGAUCAACUUAGAUGAUCUUUGUUUAAAUGAGAAGUCAGGUCCCUUGGGCACAGGUGCGUUUGGCGCAGUCUAUCAAGGUAUAUGGAAAGUGAGACAGACUGAUUAUCCUAAUCUACCAAAUUUAAAUCAUGUUCUUGAAGCGACCAGUGAAGAAGAGUUAAUGUUUAAAGUUAACGCACAAAAAAACAAUGCCAUCCUCACUAGUUCGACAAACUCUCCGACAACAAAACAAACGGGACCGACUGUUACUCAAGAAAGUGGAAGUAACACGUUAGAUGCUGAAAAAACACCUAGUAAUAUGAAAAAAGAUGUUCAUUCAGUGCCCAGUGAAGAUGAUGUUAAAAGUCACAGCAGUGGAAGUAGUUCCCAAACAACUGACAAGGCUAAUAAAGACUAUAAACUACUCUGCGUUGCUGUUAAAAUUUUGAAUGAAGUUCGAGGAUCUAGUGACCUGCAAGCACUGUUGGACGAAGCUAAAGUGAUGGCGUCUGUAUCUCACUAUCACUGCCUCCCACUGCUUGGUAUAUGUUUAUCUCAGUCAAGGAAAUGCUUAGUCUCCGCUUACGUGGUCAAUGGAAGUUUAGAUCGUUAUUUGAGACUCCAUGCACCAGACAUCAGUUCAUUACUUCUUCUGGAUUGGGCAUCACAGAUUGCUGAUGGUAUGGCAUAUUUACAGUCACGAGGGAUUAUUCAUCGGGAUUUGGCUACUCGGAACGUUUUGGUAACGUCACCAGACCACCUACAAAUUACAGAUUUCGGUCUAGCUAAAAUGCUUGAAAGUGAAGAAGAGGCGAAACGUAAUGAAGUAAUUGUUUGCUCCGGUCGUGUACCCAUUAGAUGGUUAGCCUGUGAGACGCUGACUCAUCGAAUCUAUUCAUUUAAAACAGAUGUUUGGGCAUACGGUGUCACUAUAUGGGAGAUAUUCACUUUCGGUGACAAACCGUUUGACCGUAUUGAAACAGCUAACGUGAAAGAUCAUGUUCUGGCUGGCGGACGUCUUCCACAACCUGAUAUAUGCACACUUGAAUUAUACCAGGUUAUGUUAAACUGUUGGAAUGAAAAUCCUGAUGCCAGACCGAGUUUCGUGGAACUAUACAACAUGUUUAAAGACUUCGCACUACAACCUCACCUUUAUCUUUAUUCCAGAAAUGAAAGCAGUUCCAACACUGAGGUGUACAGCAGUACUGGAGGAGACACAAGAAGCCGUGCUACCAUUUACCCAACUGCAAGGUUUUCAGGCGAACGUUUUCGACAGUCUAACCAAGCAGUUCCAUCGCUUCAACUGGUGAAAAACAGGAAUUCUAGUUCGCCAUUACAGAAUUCAAAUUCAGGUAAUGGACUAACAAAUCGACGAUUUGGUGCUAAUAGACGUGUACGUACUAGUUUGUUAUUACCCCCAACAGUCUUGCAAGCAAACCGUUCAGGUAAAUAUCCACGACAUAAACGACGUAGUAUAGGCGGCCGGACAGACUACACAAUGUCGACCUCAGUAAGUAUGAACUCUGGUAUAGGUGAGCGAUGGAGUCACUCAUCAUUUGCCACACAAAGUCAUCCAACACUUGUUAAAGUUGAUGAGGUGGGUGGGGCAGGAAAUACUAGCCACAAUUUUAAAAUCAACAACACAGCCUCUGGGACUAAUCGAAAUAAUGAGCAAUAUAAUGCCGGUCUUUUUUCAACAGAUUCAUGGGCAAGUAGUGGACAACCCUUGUUGUCAAGUGACCAAGAUAGUUCACUAAGUCAUCUGAUGUUAUCGAACUUCGGCUAUACGAGUAGUGAGAGUAGAAGUAGUAUGCUAGUUAGCUCACCAAGUCAAAAUAUUCAGAAUACCUCAUCAUGCUCUUCAAAUCCAACUGAUUCAAGAAAUUCACAACAUCCAUCUGCAGGCGAACCUAUACCUAAUACUCACAGAACAGGAUCUGAUGGAAGAAAUAAUCUCCCAGUUAGUACAUCUUUUGAGGCUGCAGCUGGAUAUGUGUGGCCUCAGUGGCCUGAUGCCAUUCCCAAUCCAGAUCAAAUUAAUUCAGAUCAGGUGAAUUCUGGUGAAACGUCAUAUAUUUCUGCUACAGUCGAUGCAGACACCGAAAACAAUCUCCCUUUUCUUAAUCGUCAGCUAUGGCUUCGACGUAACGCUCGUCAAAGACGUUAUUACCUUAGGCAACUCCAACUCCACAGAAGUGUUGCAGAUUCUAGUUUAGCUGAACAAGCUGGGGAAGAUGCCGCAGAAGAAAAUUCAAACUGGGCAGGAUCAUCAAGGCCAAAUCAAAACGAUCUGGACGCCUCACAAGAAGACAGUGACACAGAUCAAGGUUCAGCUGAUCGAUACUGGCCUGAUCCAACAUGUUCCUCACAAAAUGCAUAA